AACUUUUCUAUUCAAUUUUCCGAUGUGGGAUAGACUCUAACAUUUAUCCAGGCUGCGAGUUCCGUGACUGUUUCACCCCAAAAUAUGGGCAAGAAAGGGCCUAACUCGAGAGAAGGAAGUGGUGGUGUGACUUUUGGAUCAAGCACGAUCCGACAUGAUUGGAAUGCAAGGAAGCCGAGUCAUGUUAACCCCAAGUUGAUGGUGAAAGUGGAUCAUAUAAAAAACCUUGCAGUUUGGGCCAGCAACGUAGCAUCCAUACCCCCAUUGAGCACCUUUUUCGGCACGCGAUUAGCUGCUUACUCCGAGUCCUUGGGUUUGGCUCCCGACCCUUCUUUGGUCUCUUGUCAAAGGUGCGAAUCUGUUCUUCAACCCGGCUACAAUUGUACCAUCCGAGUCGAGAAGAGCAACAAAAAGGCCCAUCGCCACAAGAACAAAAAAUACAGAAGUAACCUGCAAAAUCACGUGGUCUACACAUGUCACUGUUGUUCACACCGCAACCUAAUAUCAGGAACGGCAACAGGCUACCUGAAAGAGAUAUGCCCACGAAAGGACAAGCCCUUAACCCACAAGUCCUCUGAAUCAAAGACUGCCAACAAACAACAACAACAACCCACUAAAGUCCCACAAGUGGGGUCUGGGGAGUGCGGAUGUACGGAGACCUUACCCCUACCUGAAGAGGCAAGAAAGUCAUCUCCCAAUCAAAGUAAUAGUAAUGAUAACGAGAUUGCACGAGGUGGGCCCGUUGAACCAAUAGAUGAUCCUUCGACUCCAUUGUCGAUGAGAGUGGACAUUAGCCUUUUGGACUCAAAGAGAAAGAGGAGGAGGAUGAAAUCUGGAGGAUUAGGGAAGGCCAUUGGAUCUGGGCAUGCUACUACUGUUACCAAUAAUACUAUUACAACUGCAAAAGAUGUUAUUGAUCAAAGUAACAAUGGCACCGCUAGGAAAAGGAGGCGAAAGUCUUGGACUAGUUUGAAGGAAAUUGCGGAGAGUAGUGGACGCGAUCAUAAGCUCUAUUUUUCUUUCUUUCUUUUCUUUCCUACCUCAGUUCUUCUAGGGCAUUCUUCUUCUUCUCCCUUCCAUUCUCCAUCCAAACCCUACCGCGCUCUCAUCUCCGUUCAUCGAUCGGUGAUUGAGAAAAUGCAACAUCAGAGGCUGAAGCAGCAGCAGGCCUUGAUGCAACAAGCCCUUCUUCAACAACAGCCUCUCUACCAUCCUGGCCUCAUAGCUGCUCCACCGAUUGAGCCCAUUCCAAGUGGAAAUCUGCCUCCUGGGUUUGAUCCAAGCACAUGUCGUAGUGUGUAUGUUGGGAAUAUUCACCCCCAGGUGACUGAACUACUUUUGCAGGAAGUUUUCUCAAACGCUGGUUUGGUUGAAAGUUGCAAGCUUAUAAGAAAGGAAAAUUCAUCCUAUGGGUUCGUUCAUUAUUAUGAUCGUAGAUUUGCUUCUUUGGCUAUACUAUCACUAAAUGGGAGGCAACUGUUUGGCCAACCUAUUAAAGUUAACUGGGCAUACACCAGUACUCAGAGAGAAGAUACUUCAAGUCAUUACAAUAUAUUUGUGGGUGACCUUAGCCAUGAAGUUACUGAUGCCAUGUUAUUUGCUUGCUUCUCUGUUUACCCAAGCUGUUCUGAUGCAAGGGUCAUGUGGGACCAGAAGACUGGACGGUCUAGGGGUUUUGGAUUUGUCUCUUUCAGAAACCAACAGGAUGCCCAAAGUGCCAUCAAUGAUGUAACAGGGAAAUGGCUUGGCAGUAGACAGAUUCGUUGUAACUGGGCUACAAAAGGUGCUAAUUCCAAUGAUGAUAUACAGAGCUCCGAUGCAAGAAGUGUUGUAGAGCUAACAAAUGGCUCAUCAGAUGACGGUAAAGAAGCACAAAACAGUGAAGCUCCUGAGAAUAACCCACAAUACACAACUGUGUAUGUGGGAAAUCUUGCUCCUGAGGUAACACAGCUUGACCUCCAUCGGCACUUCCAUGCCCUGGGUGCAGGGUCAAUUGAGGAAGUUCGUGUCCAACGUGAUAAGGGAUUUGGUUUUGUGAGAUACAGCACCCAUGAAGAGGCUGCGCUGGCUAUUCAGAUUGGAAAUUCUCCAUCACUUCUUAGUGGAAAACAAAUUAAGUGCUCGUGGGGAAACAAACCAACACCGCCAGGAACAGUGUCGAACCCACUGCCGCCGCCAGAACCCUUGCAGGCCAUGUCAGCAGCUGAUGUCAUGAUGUACGGGCGGAUGAGCAAGAUGGCGGGAGGGGUACAUGGCGGACUAAGUCAACACCCAUUGAAUCAGUUUGGGUCAAUGGGCAUUGGAGGAGUUGCAGGAGCAAGCCAGGCCAUAUUAGACGGCGGCUUCCAGAGUGUCGCAGCUGCACAGCAGCUCAUGUACUACCAGUGAAGAUCUGAGAAGAGAUAUGACUGCCUAUUACUGUAGGGAUAUUGCCAUCCCCUCCCUCCCCCCUCCUAUCUCUUGAAUUUGAGUCUCAUUACUAUUAUUUUUUUUUUCACUUCUUCUGUUGAAACGUAUUAGUAGUAAAUAUCCCUGAUUAUCAACUCAUUUCCUCACUGAAAACUGUUGCUGAUUAUUUCCCUCUAAAAGUUGUGGUGUGAUGUUUUUUUUUGGGUGCUGCGAAGUAUUAUUUGUCUAUACAUUUUUUUAAAACCUGAAUGAAGGUAUAUGGUGAAA